AUGAAGAAUCAAAUAAAGAAAACUAAACGGUAUUUCGACACAGAAAGCCAGGAUUCAGCGCUUAAUACAAAACCAGAGGAUCAAAAAGUAGAAGUCUAUAACAUAAAAAUCACACCUAAUUUAUUAAAAGCCAACAAGUUUAAGAGUAAUAAAAACAAUGUGUUCAAAAAGCCCACACAUAAUAAUGACAAGAUCAAGUAUAAAGGUAAAGCUCCUAUUGAUAAGAGUAAACUAGAAGUUCACUCUCGAGGUGAGGGUAUUGGCAAAAGUGUGAAACAUCCCUUACAUGCUGCAAAAUUAAGGAAGAAGGAGAAAAAAGUCAAUUAUGCUCAAGAACAAGCAGCUAGGGCUGAGAUUUUAUUGACUGAGGACCAUGGAGCCUUGGAAGUAGAUGAAGACAGCAAAACAACAGCCAUAUCACAGAAGAUAAUAGCAGAGAAUGUAGACAUCACUGCUGCUUCUAAAAUAUUUGAACUUAAUUUAGAUUUUGGACCGUAUAGAGCUAAAUAUUCAAGGAAUGGCAGACAUUUGCUGUUGGGCAGUAAUAAAGGACAUUUAGCAGCUUUUGAUUGGGUCACAAAGAAGUUACAUUUUGAAAUUAAUGUCAUGGAAUCAAUUCACGAUAUCAGUUGGUUGCAUGUGGAGACUAUGCUAGCAGCUGCUCAAAAAGAAUGGCUCUACAUAUAUGACAACACUGGUACUGAAAUACACUGUGUCAAAAAAAUGGAUAAAAUAUUAAGGAUGGAGUUUCUACCAUACCACUUUUUGCUAGCUGCUGUUAAUGAGUUCGGCUUCAUGACAUGGCUAGAUAUUUCUAUGGGUGAGAUUGUGGGACAUUACAACAACCGUCUAGGAAGAACAUCUGUAAUGACACAAAAUCCAUACAAUGCUACCUUAUGUCUGGGAAAUUCCAAAGGUGUGGUGUCUUUAUGGUCACCAUCUGUAAAGGACCCUCUAGCCAAAAUAUUAUGCCACAAAACGCCAUUGACAGCUAUAGCUGUUGAUAAUAGGGGAAUGUAUAUGGCCACAUCUGGGGUGGAUCGCAGUAUGAAGAUAUGGGACAUCAGAAAUCUAGAUGGUCCAGUACAAGACUACCGACUGAGGAGUGCCCCGGUAUACUUGGAGUUCUCACAGAAAGACAUGCUUGCAGUGGGCCUCGAUGAUGUUGUUGAGAUAUACAACAACUGCUGCUCUCAAACAACCGAAAAACCCUACUUGAGGCAUAGGAUGGGAAAAACAAUAAAUAACUUCAAGUUCUGCCCCUACGAAGAUGUAUUGGGAAUUGGAACUAGGAGUGGUUUUACUAGCAUUUUAGUACCAGGAAGUGGCGAGCCUAACUUUGAUGCAUUGGAAAGUAAUCCAUUCCAAACUAAAAAACAAAGAAAAGAAGCUGAAGUCAAAGCAUUGUUGGACAAAAUACCUCCAGAACUUAUUACACUCAAUCCAUUUGAUAUUACCGAAGUUGAUGUACCAUCUAUGCAAGAACAAAUGGAAGCUAAGAAGAAAUUACUAUAUUUAAAACCAAAGAAAAUGGACUUCACACCAAGAAAUAAAAAGAAACUUAAAGGCAAGUCCUUCAUAGCAAGAAAGAAGAUCAUUAAAGAUGUUGCUAGAAAGGAAUUUAUUGAACAAGCAAAGGAAGCAAAAAAAAUACUCGACUUACCAGAAGCACAGGUUGCAAAGAAACCAUCAUUUGGUGUACUAGAUCGAUUUGUUUCAAACCCCAAACCCAAGAAAUAA